AUUAUUGUUUUCUGUUUCUCCCUUUGUAUCUUUCUCUACUGUUCAUAUCCUCCAUCGUCUUGCAUAUAUCUGCCGUCUUUCAUAGCAAAUAGCACCAUUAUACCCUAUCAUUGUGUGUGCUAUGUGCUUGCUUCGCUCUGUCUCGUCCCAUCUUAUGGCAGAAAUAUGCGUAGUGCACUUGGGACUCCGAAAAAAAACAGGAUGGGGAGUCGGGUGGCUGCGAAACUCAUUUGCGGACAACGUGUCCGAACUACGGUUCCUUCCUGAGGUGUGCAAUGGGGAAGCCCUUUCACAAGCGACUACCCAACUAUCUGUUGAGCUUGAGAGGCACAUGCUGCCACCGACGACUAGUAAGGCGCUGCUCACUGGGGGGAAAUAAUCAGUGUGUGCUUCGUUGCUCUUUCGCAGUUGACCACCCGCCCGGAAAACCGCAGAGAAUAUGGCGGAUAAGAGUGCCAAGUCAAUACCUUUCUGUGCUGUCGCUACCCUUUUGGAUAAGCUGGAACUAGACGGCGCAUCCAAAAGUUUAACGAGAAAUCAACUACGAGAGAGUCGACGCCGAGUUAUCAAAAUCUGGUGGGAGAAACUGCUCCACGCCUUCGGCUUCGACCACCUCUCACUGGCUGUCCACGACAUCUUCCGCCUUCUUUUCCCGUGUCAAGACAUCUCCCGACGCUAUCAUCUCCGCGAACCAUCGCUAGCGGAACACCUUCUGGCCGUCUUCGGUUUGGGAGGCACCAGUCGCGGCGCGCGACUUACCAGAUGGAAAGACUGCGACGCAUACCUAGGUGUAGAGCGUGUUGGACAGGGCGAUUUCGCGAAAUGCGUGGAAGGGACUGUGAGGUUGCAGGAGCCGGAGGCGGGAGGGAAAGCGAUGACCGUGUGGGAGGUGAACGUGCUGCUUGAUGAACUGGCGACGUAUGCACGGUACAGCACGACCGAGGGUGGAGUGAGACCCAAGCGAGGCAGUCGUACGGCAAGGAAGGUGUUGGAGGACCUUUUUCGGGGCCAAAGAUCGAGAGAGUGCAAAUGGCUCAUUCGGAUCAUUCUGAAGGAUCUGUCCAUAGUCCAUACCUGGCGUGGGAUUCUCAACUCCUUCCAUCCCUUUCUCUACACCUUGCAUGCAAGGCAGACCGACCUCGCCCUCACCUCCAGCCGGUUCAUUUGUCUUCUGCGGGAUCGCGUCAGUGGCUGCCCAUCAGACGGCCACUAUCUGCCCGCCAUGCUCCAAUAUGGCAAGCCGCGGCUUCAUACAUGUCUGACAGUAAUGCAAUGUCAGCAAGCCCGGUCGCCUGCCCAUGCCCUGCUCACCAUGCAGAAGGAAGGGGAAACGAAGUGCUUUGCGGAGAUCAAAUAUGAUGGAGAACGGAUGCAGAUUCAUGUGGAGUUCGGAAUGGAUGUUCACGAUAACGGGCGAAUCACGAUCUUCUCGAAAAGUGGGAGGAAUAAUCCACAUAGUAUCAUCCGCGCAGCGCUUGGUCGACCUGCGAAUAUCGGUCCCGUGCCACAAUGUGAGCCAUUUGAAGGCCAAAUAACAUGCCGCACAUGCAUAUUGGAAGGCGAAUUGCUGGUGUUUGACGAAGACACUCAGAGCAUUGAAGCCUUCGGAACAAUAAAAGACGUGGGGCUGGACUUCCAAAAUCGCAGAUUGUCAGCCCCUGAUGACGGCGUCUUGUCCGGGAGGCGCCAUUUUCAGAUCGUCUUCUUUGACAUAUUAUACCUUGAUGAUGAGGAUUGGACUUUCAGGCCAUAUGCUCAACGUCGAGAUGCAUUGCGGCGGUUGAUACGGCCGAUUCCUAAUUGGGCACGUCUUUCCAAAACCCGGGAACUUGAUGUCCCUGAAGGCGCGCUUAGCGCCAAGCACACGGAGGCUCUCAGAGCGUUGUUUGUCGAGACCAUCGGAAAACGGGAGGAAGGGCUGGUCAUCAAAGGUGCCAACAGCACGUACUCUGCGGGACGCAAAAGCUCCUGGCUCAAAUUGAAGGAGGACUAUAUCGAAGGCCAUGGGGACACGGCUGACUUUGCCGUUGUCGGCGGCGCAUUCUGCCCAAGAAACGACUAUUUGAAGCUCAGUUUGACCGAGCACCCACACAUAAUGAAUAUGUUCUUCGUUGGAUGUCUGACCAACAAUCAGCAAGUCAAUGUUCGUGGUGAUGAGGGCCACUUCCGUGUCGUCUUCGCCUUUGAAGCCGGCUUCUCCCGUGAGACGCUUAUCGCCCUUUGCCGGUCUUUGGCCCCGCAUCGAGUACCUCUGAGCACUUCCUCUCCGUCAAAGUCAAAAGCAAGUGUGCCGUAUACUUAUACGUGUCCAAAAGCUUUGCGCGGCAAAAUCGAGUUCAUUUUCCCGCACCCGUUCGCCGUCGAAUUGAAAGGUGGCGGAUUCGUCCGGGAGCCAUUGGGGGGUCCCUGGGUUCUGCGGCAUCCACGGCUCGUUAAGAUCUGCGGGAACGAUCGCGGAUGGCAGGAUACGAUCUCGUUCGACGAGUUACAGGAGCUGGGACAAGGAUAUCUGCGGCCGCUGGAGGAUGGCGGUAUGAAGCGGUUUGCGGACUUGAAAGGAGUUGAUGAGAAGCAUUUGGAGAAGAAGCGAAUACCAACGAGAUCGCCACCAGGAUUCUUGAGGACCGCGUCGAUGCCCGUGGAUUGUGGAAAGAAUCGGUUGAAUUUCAGAAAGAUGGAUGUGAAAGCCGCACGGACGGCGUUUAAGAGGAGUCGGACGACGUGCAUUGAUCUUACUCAUGAUGAGAAUGUUGUCGAUCUCACGAAAGAUGGCGAUGACUGAACUGUUGCAAGGCCCGUCACCAUUGUGCUCCAACUAGAGUUGGUGUUUGACCGCUCAUGGCAGGGCAGAAACCCUGCAUAGCUAGUGUAUAGUGUCGGAAAAGAUGGCCCCAAGAAACGCAGUCGACUUAGGUGGGAACGACAUGGUGGUGUAGUCGCCAGCCAGUAAGAUGAGAGCUCGUGUAUGGGCAUUUCAUAGAAUUUGUUGCCUUGACGACGUAAAUGUGUAUAUGCUUCAGCCAUAAAGAAGCACGCAAAGGGCCGCAGGCGCCGUCCCGUUCUCACUUUUCGUGCGGGAUAAAGAAAUGUGAAGGAAAAAAGAUGUAUGUAGAGCGACA